AAUGUAGCAAUACGCACGCGCAUAAUGACGUUUGACAUCGUAGAGAUUUUGCUAGUGGUAUCGAAAGUCUUGCUAUCCCUUUUAGCCAAGCGUAGGCCAGUAAACCAUCUUUGGUAAGACACUGGAAUCCAGAACAGCAAAUUCAGAAACGGACCCGUUGUCACCAACAGCCACAUUUGUUGUAAUAAUCUUCGUGCUGACACUUCUUGGAAGCUGAGCCUGCUUCCCAAAUCCCAUAUGCUCUCGGUUUGCAUGGAGAUGCUUGUGUAUGCACCCUCGCUUUCUGUCAAGUGUUUUCUGUCCUUUGGCCGAACUAAAAGAUGGUGAAGCCAGACAUUCACACUCUGGCCCACCACCUGAAACAGGAGAGGCUAUACGUGGCUUCAGAGAAACAGCUUAUCCAGCGGCUCAAUUGUGAAGUACUAAAGACAGCAGAAAGACUCUAUCGUACAGCCUGGAUAGCCAAACAACAGAGGAUUAACCUUGAUCGCCUCAUCCUCACCAGUGCUGAGGCAUCCCCGGCUGAAUGCUGCUUGCAUGCUAAGGUGUUAGAGAGUACGCAGUUUGUUGAUGGCUACAAGAUUCUGGGCUUUCAGGAGAGUAUCUAUGGAGAGUUCCUUGGCCGGCUGAGGGAAAAUCCACGCUUGGUGGCAUCCUGUCUGGUUGCUGGGGAGAGACUUAACCAAGAACAUACACAAGGAGUGAUCCAUACUGUGUUUACCUCACUUUAUGGCAACUGCAUAAUGCAAGAGGAUGAAAUCUACCUACUACAAGUCCUGCGUUACCUAGUUGAGUUCGAGCUUAAGGAGAGUGAUAAUCCUCGUCGUUUGCUACGGCGGGGCACAUGUGCUUUUAGUAUCCUGUUUAAGCUAUUCUCUGAGGGCCUGUACUCUGCCAAGCUAUUCCUCACUGCCACCUUACAUGAGCCCAUUAUGCAGCUACUGGUGGAGGAUGAAGACCACCUAGAGACUGAUCCAGCCAAAGUGACUGAAAGAUUCACCCCAACACAACAGGAGCGUCUGUUUGGGGAGAAGGGUUCUGAUUCUUACUGUCAAAAGGUUCAGGCAGUUGUAGAAUCCAACCAAGCCAAACUUGUGGCUCUUGUUAACUCAUUUAUUGGCUAUUUGAAGCAAAAUACCUACUGCUUCCCUCAGAGCUUGCGCUGGAUCGUGUCACAGAUGUACAAGUCACUGGCCCAAGUGGAAGGGCUGGAGGUUGGGGAGGUGAGGACCAUGUGCACAGACCUGUUGCUGACUUGUUUCAUCUGCCCAGCCAUUGUUAACCCUGAACAGUAUGGAAUCAUCUCAGAUGCUCCCAUUAAUGAAGUGGCACGCUUUAACCUAAUGCAGGUGGGGCAAUUGCUACAGCAGCUAGCCAUGGCUGACACAGAUGAUGGAGAUCCUCGACGGAAAAGCAAUUUGUCGAAAUUUGACAAAAGUUGUGUCGCUGCCUUUUUGGAUGUCAUGACUGGUGGAAGAACUGUGGAGACCCCUCCCAUGUCUUCAAUGAACCUUUUAGAGGGUCUCACACGAACUGUGGUUUAUAUCACAAACAAUCAGCUUCUGGCUUUGGUGGACUUUGUGCGCCGCAGCGUGACUACUGGUGACCAUCUCAGAGAGGAAGACCAUUUAGCUCUGGAAACACUGCUAGCCAGUGUACCUCAGUCCCAUGCAGUCAAGAGUAACAGCUUGGAGCUCACACCUCAGCUUUCCCCAGCUACUACACCUGUCAACAGGAAGAACAGAUUGCCCUUGGCAGCCACCCGUAGCCGCUCCCGCUCCAACAUCAUUCAGGACAGUGAGGCAGACGCUAGCUACCAGGACCCUCAGCUGGAAGUUUUGCCUGAGGAGGUGCUUGUCAUCUCAAUAGGAACUUCCUCUCAGACUAUGCCUGGAAUGAUGCCUGAAAAUGAGGUGCUGAACUUGCAACUUUCUGAUGAUGCUCAAGGAGAUGCCCCAGCUGAUGAAGCUAAACUGCAUGGAAAACCUGACAAAACCCUCCGCUUCUCUCUAUGUAGUGACAAUCUGGAAGGAGUCUCUGAGGGGCCAUCUAACCGUUCCAACUCUGUCUCAUCUCUGGACAUGGAAGCAGAGUCUGUGUCUGACUUAGGCCCAGGGCCGUCCGUCAGUAAUGGUGUUGAAGCUUUGCAGCUACUAGAACAUGAACAAGCCACCACGCAGGAUAAUCUGGAUGAUAAACUCAGAAAGUUUGAGAUUCGGGACAUGAUGGGUCUGACAGAUGAUCGGGAUAUCUCUGAGACAGUCAGUGAAACCUGGAGCACUGAUGUCCUUGGUAGUGACUUUGAUCCUAAUAUAGAUGAAGACAGACUUCAGGAAAUAUCAGGGGCUAUGGUGGAGAACAUGCUUGGAAGUCUGCUGUGCUUCCCAGCACCUGGCCCUGUUCUUUUGGACCCCUGCGGUUCAACAAUGUCUGAGACCACAAGUGAGGCCUGGAGUGUGGAAGUCCUGCCCAGUGACUCAGAGACUGCAGAUUUAAAGCAAGAGGAGCGCUUGCAGGAAUUAGAAAGCUGCUCAGGGGUGGGCAGCACUUCAGAUGAUACUGAAGUCAGAGAGGUCAGCUCCCGACCAAGCACCCCAGGAUUAAGCAUCAUCUCAGGUAUUAGUGUAACAUCUGAAGAUAUCCCCAACAAGGUUGAAGACCUGCGCUCAGAAUGUAGCUCAGAUUUUGGAGGCAAAGACUCUGUCACAAGCCCAGAUGGAGAGGAUUCUGCACACGGAGCACAUGGUUUGUCCUGUGUGCCUGCUCAAACUGACUCUCUGCUGACCAUGUUUGAUCCACUCUCUUCUGGAGAAGCACCUAGUGACAAAUCUAUCGACAUUUCGGGCAAACCUUGGCAACUUCCCGCAGAAGAGAGUGGCCAGUACUGCCCCCCAAGCAUGAGGUCCUGCUUUCCACCCGCAGGUACUGGCACUAUAGUUCGGCCCAAGGCACAUUACACCAGACCCCCUCAUCCUCCCCCAGACCCACCAAUCCCAGAGGCUUGUGCCACAGGACCUUCUGAACCCAGGGCAUCUCUCUUCUCCGCCCACGAUCCAGAGCACCCCAAGCAGAGACACUCAUACCCUGAGCGUUUGGUUAGGAGCCGCAGCACGGACAUAGUCUGUGCAGGGCGCAGACCCAACAGUGAUCCAGGCAUAAACCGCAGGACCAUGGUGGAGGACCAGGACCAAGCGGUUGCUUUUGCUGCUGGAUCCACCACUUCUCCAAACAAAGAUUCACUCAAAGUGGAGAUUGAUGACAAGAAGGACAGCGAUGAUGAGAAAUCAGACAGGAACAGACCCUGGUGGAAGAAACGGUUUGUUCCUGCCAUUCCUAAAGUGCUCUAUUGGACUGCAGAGAGUGAAAUGCCAGCACCAAUCGCAGCAUUCCGAAAGCGGGAUAAGCAUGAGAAGGAUGAUCUGGGAGCAGAGAAGGUCCCUCAAGGUAUGUCAGAUGAGCCUUCGUUACUGGGGCAGGGCUGUCAGGCUCAAGCAGUAGAAGACAUAUUGGACAAAUACAGGAACAUCAAGAGAACCAGCCCAAGUGAGGGAUCAACACCGUCCACCUAUGAUGUACCAGAUAUGUGUAAAGAGGGUGAACGUGAACAUAAAUCCCAUAGAAAUGAGGGCCUGCAGAACAUCUCUACGGAUGACCUGACGGACUCUGCCAGCCAGGUGGCACAGCCUCAGGACAGCAAGUUUUCCUUUAGUGAUGCUAAGAAGAAAUUACGUCUGGCUCUGUGCUCUGCAGAUUCGGUUGUUUUUCCUAUUAUGCCCACUGUAACACGGAAUGGCCUCCCCGACCAUGCAGAUCCUGAGGAUAAUGAGAUUGUGUGCUUUCUGAAAGUGCAGCUGGCAGAGGCUAUUAACUUGCAGGAUAAAAACCAGAUGGCUCAGAUCCAGGAGACCAUGCGUUGUGUCAGUCGCCUCGACCCACGCACCUGCAGAAAGCUCCUCACAGCAAUUGCUGAGGACUACAGAAAGCGGGCUCCAUACAUAGCGUAUUUGACACGGUGCCGGCAGGGACUACAGACUUCUCAGGCUCAUCUAGAGAAGCUGUUGCAGAGAGUACUUAGAGAUAAAGAAGUGGCCAACCGCUAUUUUACUACUGUCUGUGUCCGACUGCUUCUAGAACAUAUGGAAUCCAGGAUGCAGGACUUUAUCAGAGCAUUUCAGGGCUUUACAGCAGCUGAUGAUAAGACUGCAGCAGUGGAGGAUUUCCUGCGUUACCUCUAUGGUGCAAUGGCGCAUGAUGUCAUCUGGCAGUAUGCCAGUGAGGAACAGCUACAGGAUGCCCAGAUGGCUAUUGAACGUAGUGUCAUGAAUCGCAUCUUCAAAUUGGCUUUCUACCCAAACCAGGAUGGAGACAUUCUGCGAGACCAGGUUCUGCAAGAGCAUAUUAGUCGUCUGUCCAAAGUAGUGACUGCCAACCACAAGGCCCUACAAAUCCCAGAGGUGUAUAUGAGAGAGGCUCCAUGGCCUACUGCACAGGCAGAGAUCAGGACGAUCAGUGCAUACAAGACACCUCGUGAUAAAGUGCAGUGCAUCCUGCGCAUGUGCUCCACCAUCAUGAAUCUGCUCAGCUUGGCCAACGAGGAUGCUGUGCCUGGAGCUGAUGACUUUGUCCCUGUGCUUGUAUUUGUCCUUAUAAAGGCAAACCCACCCUGCCUUCUGUCCACCAUUCAGUACAUAUGUAAUUUCUAUGCCAGUCAGCUGAGUGGGGAGGAGUGCUAUUGGUGGAUGCAGUUCACAGCCGCUGUUGAAUUUAUUAAAACCAUUGACGAGCGCAAGUGAAGCAGAACAGCCACCUGUAUGGGCAACUGUUGAAGGAGAAAAAGAUGAGACUUCACAACCAACUGCACUGUCUUUCACUAAACCCACACAACAAGGCACUGCUUCAUUUUGACUAGCUUAUUUAACUAUUUAGAGCCACAGAGCGUUGAAUGUUUAAAAAAAAAAAAAAAAAAAGAGAGAGAGAAAAAAAGUGCCAUUAUAUUAAAAAAAAAAAAUGUACAAUUAUGUGAGGUGAUGUAGUUAGAUUUAACUGUAGAGGAUGAGGGGUACCAUAUAUUAACCUUAAACUAAUUUUGGACUCUAUCCUUUAGUUUGAGUGAGGUGGUUGGACUUACUUUGUGUUUUUUGUUUGUUUGGUUUUUUUAAUGAUCACUAUUUAACCUUGAUAUUUAAAUAUCUCAGUGAAUUAAAGAAGGGACCAGCCUUUUUGAUUGUGUACUUAUAUUAGUGGAGGCAAGCUUAAGAGAAGAAUUAAGAACCAUGCAUUCUCAUGUACAUUUUGCAACCAUUUAUCAUUUAAAACCCUCUAUCAUAAUGCAGACUCAUAAAUAUCACUAGCAUAUCACCCUCUUGCAGGUUUUGUGAUUACUUGCAUCACGCUUUUUAAAAAGGCAGUUGGUUAAAUUUAUGUAAGCUGGUGGUCAUGUUAAUUUUGCAUUUCUCUUCCUUGACAAGUAAGGGCAUGCAUAGUUAUAUAACUAAAAAGUAUAUUUAUUCUUUGUUUUAUAUGUACUGUUAUUUUUCAAAUUGGCCAUUGGGUGAGACAAAUGAAACAGCCCCUGUGGAGAUAUAUUGCUCAAAUUAUGUGAAUAUACUGAAACUGAAAAAACAGGGUUUCCUUGUGUGAGCAAAUGAAUUUGUGUAUAACCCAAUAUUUGCUUAGCAAACUUCUGGUUUGCUUUACCAUUUUAAUUUUAAUUAAAUUUUAGUAAUUUAGUUUUGGUAGUGGUGUAUGUUUUCAGCCACUUAUAAAUUCUGUGCUGAAUAUAACAACCAAGAUGCUGCCAGUAGAUCUUGUGAUUGAUACUUAAAGCGAUUACCUUCUUGUCUUGUCU